AUGCUCGCGGCCAAAACCUGCAGUGUCCUUCCUGUAUUCCACAGCCUCUUUGCUCUUGCAUCAGAGGACCUUUCAUACUGGUACCCACCAACCCAUGUGUUCAAGAGUGAGGAGAGUGUUACUGUCCACUACAGAGUCCGGUUUUUCUUCUCUGGCUGGUUUGGUCAGGGUUCUAAGGCGACUUACCGCUACAGUCUUACCCCAGGGAGAAUCUGUGCUGUGCUGGACUACUGUGUCAUUGACUAUCUCUUUGCUCAGUCCCGGAGCGAUUUCAUCUGCUGCCGUGGCGGUGUGUGUCCACCCCGCAGUGCAGUACAGGAGUGUUUGGGGAUGGCUGUCUUGGAUCUCUGGCAGCAGGCCAAGGAGAUGAACCGCAGUCCACGAGAAGUGUGCAAAACUAUCAGCUAUAAGUCGUGCCUUCCAGAGACGCACCGCGAGGACAUCGAGCGGAUGAGCCGUUUGGUGCGCUACCAGAUCCGCCGGAUGCUGAAGCGCUUCCUGCAGAAGCUGAGCCGCUGUCCGGCCGGGGAACGCAGCCUCAAACUCAAGUACCUGAUGGACCUGAGCGCCAUGGAACCCAACUAUGGCUCCGAGCAGUUUGCCGUGCGCCAAUCCGGAUGGCAUCAGUGUGCCGACGCGCAGUCCGUCACUGUGGUGAGAGUCACUGGAGAAGGGGGUAUCCAGACACGCGCGGACGACAGCCAGGAGUGGCAGACAUUCUGCGACUUCCCCCAGAUAACGGACGUCAACAUGAAGCGUGUUCAGGAACACCUCGCAGAGGGCCGGGUGGUCACGCUCACCCGCCAGGACGACAGAUGCCUGGAGGUGGAGUUUAGGACCCAGGAGGAGGCGCUGUCCUUUGUGUCCCUAAUUGAUGGCUAUUUCAGACUCACCACAGACUCCAGUCACUAUUUCUGCUCUGAAGUCGCUCCGCCUGGUCUUCUGCAGGAUGUGGAAAACCUCUGCCAUGGGCCUAUCACGUCAGAGUUCGCAGUGCACAAGCUGAAGAAGGCAGGAGCCCAGAAUGGCAUGUGCCUGGUCCGACACAGUCCCCGGGAGUUUGACAAGUACUUCCUCAUGGUGUGCCUACAGACACCUCUCGGGGUCGACUACAGGGACUGCCUGAUAGAGAAGAGUGAGAAGUUUCACCUGGCAGGAGUCCACAGCUCCUUCUACAGUCUGAGAGAGCUGGUCCAGUAUUACCAGCACAACACACUGCUGCUCUCUGACACCCCUGUUAUUCUAGGAAGGUGCUGUCCACCCCAGGCUAAAGAACUCUCCAACCUGGUCAUUGUCCGUAACAGCAGUGUGGCAGAGGCUCCGAGCUCUUCUCCCCAGCAGAGACCCAGACCCAGUCACAUCCAGUUCCACAUGAUCAGACACGAGGACCUCGUUUGGGGUGAGAGUUUAGGGCAGGGCUCCUUCACACACGUCUAUCGAGGGGCCAAGAAAGACCAGCGUGAUACAGAAACACACACCACAGAAGUGCUUCUGAAGGUCCUGGAUGCAGAGCACAAGAACAGCUGGGAGUCUUUCUUCGAAGCAGCGAGUUUGAUGAGCCAGAUUUCCCAUAAGCACUUGCUGCUGGUCUACGGGGUCAGUGUCCACAAAUCCAAAAACGUCAUGGUCCAGGAGUUCGUGAAGCAUGGUGCUCUGGACCUGUACCUGAAGAGGUCGGCCGUGUCGCUUAGCUGGAAGCUGGAUGUGGCCAAGCAGCUUGCCUGCACACUCAACUUCCUGGAGGAGAAGAACAUUGUGCAUGGCAACAUCUGCGCAAAGAACCUGCUUCUGGCCCGCGAGGGAGACCCCAACUCAGACACCUCCCCCUUCAUCAAGCUGAGUGAUCCCGGGAUCGGUGUAGCCUUGCUGGGCAAAGAGGUGGUUCUAGACAGAAUCCCGUGGGUAGCCCCAGAAGUGCUGGAGACCCUGGAGCUGGGGCAGCAGUGUGAUAAAUGGAGCUUUGGCGCGACUCUCUGGGAGAUCUUUAACGGAGGGGAGGUUCCUCUACACAGACUCGACCCCAUACAGAAGCAGCAGUUCUACGAGUGUCACUCUCAGCUGCCAUGUUUGGAGUGGACUGAACUGGCUGAUCUGAUAUCCCAGUGCAUGCAGUAUCAGCCCGAGCUGCGACCUUCGUCCCGUGCAAUCAUACGCCACCUAAACAGCCUCAUCACCUCAGAUUAUGAGAUUCUGCAUGCAUCCGGCACACUGCCUGAGAGAGCCGGCCUGUGGGGAGGACUCAGCAUGCCCAAACAGCAGCAACAGCACGACGUGUUUGAGGAGCGCCACCUGCGGUUUAUUUCUCCUCUGGGGAAGGGUAACUUUGGCAGCGUGGAACUGUGUCGCUACGACCCACUGGGGGACAACACAGGGGAGUUAGUGGCAGUCAAACAGCUUCAGCCUAACAAACAGGCCAACAUGGUCGACUUCCAGAAGGAGAUCCAGACCAUUAGCUCACUGCACUGUGACUACAUCGUCAAAUACAGAGGCAUCUGCUACAGCGCGGGUCGUCUGAGUAUGAGACUGGUGAUGGAGUACCUGCCAUACGGCACUCUGAUUGGCUACAUGGAGAAGAACAAACGCAACAUAAACAACAGGAGACUACUGUUGUUUGCCUCACAGAUCUGUAAGGGAAUGGAGUAUCUCCAGAGUCUGCGUUAUGUACACAGGGAUCUGGCAGCUCGAAACAUUCUGGUAGCAAGUGACACACUGGUGAAGAUUGCAGAUUUUGGCCUGACAAAGAUCAUCCCGUUUGAUAAGGAGUAUUACAGAGUGACCAAGUCUGGAGAAAGCCCCAUCUUCUGGUAUGCUCCAGAGUCGAUAUCGGAGUAUAUAUUUUCCCAUAAGUCAGAUGUGUGGAGUUUUGGCGUUGUUCUGCACGAGUUGUUUUCAUUUUGUGAAUUGAGCCGGAACCCAAAAAGGCUUUCCCUGCAGCAGCUGGGGGCCGACUUGCGAGGCCCCAUGAUGGCCGUUCAACUCGUCAACGUUCUGAAGGACAACUGGAGGUUACCCUCUCCACCACUGUGCCCGCCGAAGGUGUACAGUAUGAUGCUACAGUGCUGGUCCCUCAACAGUGAAGACAGACCUACAUUCUGCCAGCUCCAGGACCUGAUUGAGAGCAGCAUACAAGACGAAAGAGAAGGAUCUAAAGGAUGAAGCUAUGUCUUAAAAAGCAACGUGGACAUACACGUGACAAUCCGACAUUUACUUUUUUUACGGAG